AUGCUCCUGAGGAAGAUCAAUGUCUUAGUCCUGCUCCUCAGCUGCCUUACUAGCGCUCACGGAUAUGACCCACCACUUUGCCCAAAGUGUCACAAGAAUAAUUCCAGCUACCUGCCUCGAAACUAUGACAAGAGACCUUGCAAUACUGUGACCAAGUGCAAUCACCAUGGAGACUGUUUGCCAUGCACAGAAAUGGUACCCUACCAAAAUUAUGGGGAAUUUUAUGAAUGCACUCCCUGCUCCUCUCAUCCAUUCCUCCGCCAACACUGCAUCAAAUACAAUAUUUGCAAUGUAUUGGCAUGUAUCAUGUUUUGUAACAUUGUCUUGAUGUAA